GCUGUGUUAUGUGUGUAAUGUAGUGUAGUGUUAAGUAGUGAAUUAAGUGAAAUGCGAGACGGGUCCAAACCUGGCCCCAGUGGAGGCUCAACAGGGCAGGCGUUUGACACGGAUUUCGAAGGAUCUGCAGGUGUUGAAGACAGCUAUGAGGAGCUGGCGUCUCUGAGGACACUUCUCCAUUUUCCAGAGGAAGUCGCCCUGAGGCUGACAGACACAGAAUAUAAAUUGUUUUAUCAAGUCCCGCCAAUAGAUUACCUACGUCAAGUGACAUUGGAUCUUGGUGGCGAGGGUGUGCUGGGAACAGUCACCGAACGACAUAUGAUAAGACGCCCACCAGCCACCCAUACACCAACAGUGAAGAGCAGCGUUCGAUCUCUCAUUCGUAGAUUUAACGAGGUGUCUGCGUGGGUGACAGAUCUGGUCCUCAACCAGGGCUCGACAGAGGAGAGGAAAGAAGCACUCGCCUGCAUCCUUCGCGUGGCUCUGACGUGCUGGAACAUAGGAAACUUCAACGGGGCGAUGGAGAUCGUUGCUGGAUUAAAGUCGCAUAAGCUGAAACCAUUCUGGCUCAGCAUAUCAGACGAGCCAAUACCAGCUCUGGACUUCCUCUCCGCUGCGCUGCUGUCAGCUGAGUACGAGAGAGCCCUCAGCCGAGCGUUGGCAAUGCCUGAGUGUCGACUGAUACCUUUCUUUGGUGCCUUCUUACGUGAGCUUAGGGAAAUAUUGGCGGCGACACCAUCGCUCACAAGUCAUUCCGUGGCUGCAACGCCGACACACAGGAGGGAUUUCAAAAGGGAAUCAACAAAAGACAGAGGGUCGUUAAAAAGAGAUAGCAAACGUGAAAGCAGUAAAAGGAACGAACAAAACACGAUAAGUCCAUUACGGGAAAAACGGGAGUCACGAAGCGAGCCUGCCAGACAAGUGUAUAUAGCCUCAUUUGAUGAUGGAGGGGAGCAAGCGUUCAGGCGAGUCGGCCCCGAAGGUCUCCUGAAUUUGGAGAAGGUGUACCGGACGCAAGCUGUUAUGGAUCACAUAGCAAGCUUCCACCAGCACCGGCAUGCGUUGGCCAGAAUUUGCAACCCCGUCUUCGGUGAUUAUUUGAAGUCUGUUAUAUCUUCGUGUGAAGAGCCAGUCUUUACCCAUUCGAGACAAAAGACAGGAGCAAGCUUUGAGAACGAGGCGCUGUAUGAGUUGGAAGGAAGUGGGUACAGUCCAGUUCAGCCGUUAUUCCAUGACCAUGGAGUGACCAUGUUCCCUUUGGCACCGCAGAAUGGUGAUAGAAUUGACCGGCAUAUAUUACAGAUAAUGCACCACGGAACCGCCUGUAUAGUGGGAGAGUCAGAGUGGGCUGGUGCGUUUGUUCAUUUAAGACUGGAGCGCGCAUGCGCACUGCUGACCUGGAGUAAAACUGCACAUAGGCCGAAUGCUCAGUGUGGAGAAACCCCAUCAGAAAAUGUUCAGCAGCCGGAAAUCAGUCUAUCAUAUAACCCGGAAGAAGUGAUUCCGUUAAAAUACUCAGGAAACAUUGUUCAUGAGACGGAGGCUGGUGUUGUUGGUGAAGAAGGAUUUAUAGACCUCCAAUGUGUCAAGGACAUGAGGCUGGGUGGAAAACUACUAGAACCGAGAGACAUAGCUGAGCUGGUGGCGAGUGCGAAACGGAACGGUCUGGACACGAGUCAACGAGCACAUGUCAUAUCACUACUGUAUGGGAAUACACUAAGCGAUAACAGACACAUACACUUUUUAUUACCACCACAUGCUUUCAGAGUAUGGGCGGUAGGUCUCCAUUCUGUGAUCAAAGCCUUAAUAAGCCAAACGAAGCUCGCUGAUCGAAGUCUCGCUUGGCUGAAGAAUAAGUACACGGGCCUCUAUUAUGAAGAUGGCUGCUGCUGCGAACCACUUGUUUCUGAUGCUAUACGGAUAUUUGGAGGUCGGGAAUCUAUAUACGGCAGCUCCACCCAUUCAACUCCAAUCAAGUUCGCUGACUCUUAUACUGAUUCUACUAAAAGCGGCAUGAAAUUCAAGAAGAACAGAUCUUCAUCAGAACUGAAGGGAUCUCCAAGGAGCUACAGCACUGCCGGUACCAGGAGUGAGGAGGAGUAUACCUCAUCACCUCGGCAUAGUUCAUACUCGGCUGCUUCAAGCCACCACACACCAUGCGGACCACGUCAUAGCAGUCUGACAGCUACCAGCCUCGUUUCUGGAUCUCCUAACCGGAGUAGUUUACGAAGACUGGAAACAAGUGAACGGUUUUGGGAGAACAUGAAGCAUCUCCGCACGGGUUCUGUAGGAUACGAGACCCAACUGGAAUUCAUGGAUUUUGUCUCUCUUUUUAGAAGUUUUAGUCUUGUCAUGCGGUCAGAGCUGCGUGAUGUAUUCGAACAACUUGCAGUUCCAAGGGGGAGAUGUCCGUUUUUAGGAGCUGAGAAAAGUAGAAGCUCGCCAGAACUCUUCAGGAACAAAACAGCUUUUAGAACAGGUCUUCUAACGAGAAACGGUUCGCUCGAUUUGGAGCCGCCCAGCGAUAAGGUCGGAAGGAAAAAGGCCUUUGACAUUUUAGCCGCCGCGGCGCUACCAGGUGCUAACCCAGAUCUAAGCGGUAGGGUCCUCUCUCUACCUACCCUUGGAAAAUUCUGUGAAACAAGACAGUUGGAGCCCAAGAAUGAACAGCAAUUAAAAGAUAUUAUACAGAGGCACGAACCAGAUCCGACAUUGAGAGCUGACAAUUGUCUUUCAUUCGAGGGGUUUGUGAGGUUUCUAUCGGACAAGGACAAUUAUGCUUUUGUCCCUGAACAGAGGAGAGCUGGGAAUUUAGGGAAAUCCUCUGAAAACGAAGACAAGGACCUAAGUCGAGAAAUGUCGGGACCAUUAAGUCAGUAUUACAUCGCCAGCAGUCACAACACAUAUUUGACUGGACAUCAGCUGAAGGGAGAGUCAUCAGUCGAGCUAUACAGUCAGGUGUUACUAACAGGCUGUAGGUGCGUAGAGCUGGACUGCUGGGAUGGGGAUGAUGGGAAUCCCGUGAUAUACCACGGCCAUACAUUCACCACCAAAAUACCAUUUCGACGGGUAGUCGAAACUAUUGCCAGAAGUGCCUUCGUAACGUCUCCAUAUCCCUUGAUCUUAAGUAUUGAGAACCACUGCAGCCUGCCUCAGCAACAAGUGAUGGCGAGCACGUUUGAGGCAGUGUUUGGAGAGCAAUUGGUAACCUCUUUCCUGUUUGAUGUUGAUUACACGGACGAGCCACGGCUGCCUAGCCCAGAGCAACUCAAAUAUAAGGUGCUGAUAAAAAACAAGAAAUUAUUUCCAAUCGAGUCAAGUCCUACCAUUGGCUUAACUGGGGCGACGUCAGUUCACGGAGGAGCACUGUCGUCUACCUACAGGGCAAAUGGUCUCCGCCACACCAGUUCAUCCCUCCCAGACGCCAGCAACCGAAGCAGUUCCAUCAUGUCCAACCAGUCAGCUGGAUCAUCACUCACAGAGUAUCUGUCUGAUGAUGAUUACGAUGAAGAUGAUGAUUUUGAAGAAAAAGAAUUAAACAAAAUCCUAAAUUCAAUGGAGGAGAAGACUGGGCGCUCCCUGUCACUGUACCAGAGUUUUCGUAGAAGUGAGGGCGAUGGCGACACGUCUGGAAGUAUGAAGCACUCGGCCAGGAAAAGGAGUAACCAAAUCGCAAGAGAACUAAGCGAUAUGGUCACAUAUGUACAGGCAAUAAAGUUCCGUGGGCUCAGUCCCCUGUCACCACGUAGUUCUGUGAAGCAGCCGAACACUGUGAAGGACAAUACAGCGCCUUGCAGCAGCUUCGAGUCUUCAGAAAGUGGUGACAGCACGCAACACCUUAGUGGGCAUAAGGGCCGCUGCCUCAACGCGCCAGCGAUACACCAUCCAUGCUACAGGUGUUCGUCGGUUAAUGAGGCGAUUGCGAAGAAGAUUUGCAGAAAACAUCCCUUGGCCAUCAUCGCUCAUACUGAGAGUCAGUUAGUAAGGACUUAUCCAGCCGGCCUAAGAAUAGACUCCUCAAACUUCGACCCCGUGCUAUUCUGGUCGUGUGGGGUACAACUUGUGGCCCUCAACUAUCAGACGGAGGACGCCGCGAUGGCGGUGAACGCCGCCAUGUUUGAGAGCAACGGUUGCCAUGGUUACGUAAGAAAGCCGCGGGUUAUGUGGGAUCCCGGCCAUAUUGCGUAUAGAAGGUUUAACCCAAUGGACAAGGAGUUCGAUGGCAUACACGCUGCCCAUCUCACUUUGGGCGUUAUAUCUGGUCAAUACGUGGCUGAGAACGUCUACUCCUUCUACAAUGCCUAUGUGGAAGUGGAGAUGCUGGGUGUGCCUGCUGAUUGUAAGAAAAUUAAGACGAAGGUCGCGAGGAAGAAUGCCCUGAACCCAAUAUGGAACGAGACUUUUACGUUCAAGGUGAAUUUCCCCGAACUCGCCCUCAUAAGAUUCGAGGUUUACGACGCGGACACAAACUAUAUGCUUUCGCAGCGCGUUAUCCCUCUACUCUGUUUGCGGCCAGGGUACAGACAUGUGAGACUGCGAUCUCCAACCAACCAGCCACUGAACAUGGCGUCUCUGUUGAUCUUCUCCCGAUGCGCUGAAGAGUUGGCAGGGGAAUCGUCCCGGACGGAUAUGGAACCGACUUCACCCACUCAGAGGAGGAAGAUCCACUUCGUGGUGGUGCACGCGGUGCUGAUGAGCGAGCCCUACUCCAUCUUGAAGGUCACACAUGAUACGACGACAAAUGAGGCAAUAGCCCAGUGCCUCACGAAAGCCGGCAUCUGUCGUUCAGCACGCGGCAGCUAUGUCUUAGUAGAAGAGGUCCCUUCAAGGACUCCAACUCAGAGGGUGCUGGGUCCUAACGAGAGGGUGUUAAAGGCCUCCAAACCUGGAAGUCGACUUGUGCUGAAAAGGAUCGGAGACGAUCCAAGCAGCAGGGCAUGGUUGACAAGUAUUAGGUCAGCAUCAGACAAGCCCCAAUCGCUACCGUCUGAUGAAGAGUCCCAGGAAGACAGCCGGAAAUCGGACAAUUUCUUAGUCUGCGUUCAUAAUGUCUGUCAUGAGAUACCGUAUGCUAUACUAAAAGUUCCGCUGACAGCAUCGGCAUCAUAUGUCAUCUAUCAAGCGCUUACUAAAGCGAGGUGUACGGACGACCCUAAAAGGUUCGUCUUAGUAGAGGAGUUGGAAUGGGGUGGACGAGCAAACUCCGGACCCCAGCACAGAGCAUUAGCUGAUGAUGAAGUGGUAUACACAGCACAGGCAAACUGGAAAACCUUGGGCAGAUUUGUCCUACAAGAAAAAGGCUGUUCGGUGCCCAUGCAGAUACCAAGGCAUAGGGCCUGUAUAGCGAGGAUCCAACGGGGUCUAAGUAUGACGAGGGGGGCAAUAACGGGUACAACCGGAUUUCCGCUAGUAAGCAGUAUGACGUCACACGAUACCAUAGAGAAAACCCCGGUACAGACUGCAUACAGCGAUCCCACACAUUGCAGACGUGUUUCGAAUGCACUAGCGAAAGGAUUUGGCCGGUCUAAAGGCCAUUCAGAUAGAGACAUACGAUUGUUACAAAGGAGAUCUGGUUCUAGAGACGUCCAGUCGGAAGGUGAAACCAAUGCUUCUCUAGGAACGGAGGCUUUUGCUGCACAAAUGGCUCGAUUCAAGAGAGUAUCCUUACGGAAGUUGCGCGCUUGGAGAUCCUGAGUGUGGCAGGUCUUUCGCCGACUUGGUACGAGUCUGGCGCAUCACCGUGCAUCUCUAUCAUCGGACCUCGGAUCUCUUUGGGAUUUCUUCAGGAUAGACAAGGAAAGACGACGCUCUACUCAAACAUACGAACCCAUCGAAUCCAGGUCUCCUGUAAAACUUGCCAGGGACCUAUUACAAGUCGUCCAAGAAACCGUUUUCAGCAAGAAAUUUGAGGAGAAACGGUGUCCGUUAGUCAAGGAGGAGUCCGAUUUAAGUUCCGACGAUGAAGAGGGGACGGACAGGGUGGCAAAUUUAAUAGAUUUCUUCUUCACAAUCGUUAAAAGCCAAAAGGAUGACGGAAAAGGCAGUUGCUUCAAAACAGAAGCGAGCAAAGAAGAGAUAUACGUACCAGCCAAAGUUAACACGGAGUUGGAACAAAAGAUGGAGACUCUAAUUGAGUUCCUAGCGUCUACGGGUGUCGAGGAAAACAAUGAUAAAAAAAUCACACUCAUGGAGUUCCUAUUCGGGCCAGACGAUAAAUGGGAGAAGCCAAAAAUCGAAAUCAACACGAAAGGAAUGAGUUUAUCCGAAUCGGAUAUAAACGUUAAAAAUCUUUCAUACAUAGACGAAACACCGGUCGAAGAAAACGAAACAUUGGUAGAAAUGCUGCUAAAGUAUAUGGAACACUAUGGCAAGGAGAAAUCAUUUACGCCAUCUUUAUCGGAGAAAUCCAAAUCAGACAUGACGAUAUCCAAAUAUGAAUUUAGCGAUAUGAGUAAGACCAAAUCGGAUUCAACAUUGCUCACCCAAGACACAGUAAUAGAAAAAGACAGAUCAAGAAGAAUAUCAGAAACAGUGGUCGAUAUGAGUUGUAUUAAAUCUGAUUUGGAAGACAUAUUCGAAGAGGCCAUCCUCCGUGUGUGCGAACUCCAAAUGAUGGAAGACGAUACUAUGAGCGAACAAGAGGAUGUAGACAACUACAACGCCUACACAAAACCACCACAAUACAGUUUACCGUACAGCAUUGAACUAUCAGACAUCUUGGAAGAAGACGAAACAUCUGGAUUGGAUAGAAUAUCCAUACAGGCGAAAGAAUGCGCGGAGGAACUCGUAAAAUUCAUUGAGGACAAACUCCAAAAACACUUGGACGACAGUUCUGGCCCUUCGACUGAAGAGUUCAGUCGCGAAUUCGAUCUGAGUCCGAGCCAGAAGUCGCAAAGUCUGGUUGAUCUUAGGAACAUACCGGAUCUACCGCCAAGUCUGAUAAUAAAGCCGAAAGUGAUUCGAGUCGAUAAAUCGACGUCCACGAGCGAGGAUUCGAUUGAUAGAAAGACCGAUUCGUCAUCUAUGGCUGAAGACAAAAGCGAACGCACCGGAAGGGUUUUAGAUAAAUUGGAAUCGUUGCAUAGAUUCUUUUCCAGAUCUCGCUUGGAAAUAAUUGACGAAAGUCUAGAAGAUGAUAGGAAGAGCCCAAAGGAGAGGAAACUUUAUGCCAGUCUAGACGAUGUGGAAGACUUGGCCGAAGAUCAUGAUUGGAAAAGUCCAAAGGGGAGGAGGGGACAAGCCAGUCUAGAUGAUGUGGAAGAUUUGGCUGAAGAUAAUGAUAGGGAAAGUCCAAAGGGGAAGAAAUUCCAAGCCAGUCUAGAUGACGUGGAAGAUUUAGCCGAAGAUAAUGAUUGUAAAUGCCCAAAGGGGAAACGAGGACAAGCCAGUUAAGGCAAUGUAGACUUGGCCGAAGUCGGGACGACAUGAAAGAUUUGGCUGAGGAUAAUGAUAGGAUUGAUGAUGUAGAUAAAAUUGAAGCAUAUCUUGUACCAAACAUAUAAACAACUUCUACCGCAGCGUGCCAAGAAUCGACUCGAAUUUAGCGCCAACGACUCCCAAAUGUCAAGAUUAAUAUUUUUGACAUGCUCGAAAAUAAAUAAAUCUUUGAAAUUAAAUAACCUUCCUGGUUAUUUAUCAAUAAAAAUCGUGCUGUGCAAAUUCUAAAAAUAUAUUUAGUAAUAACAAACAUAUAUAAAUAUAUCAAAAUAUAUACUAAUAAGUGAGAUUUAUAUAAUUGGGAUAUUUAAAUAGUAAAUUUAGUUUAGCGCCAUCUACCGUUAGAAAGAGACAACGUUUAUUUUUUUCCCAGCCAUAAAUAUUAUGUUCGACUAAAUUUUAAACAUUCAGCGGCUACAGUCGUAGUGAAUGGUAUAUUUAAAAAAAAAUAGUUAAUGUUAGUUGUAUUUAUAGAUAUCAUAAAUUUUAUACUAUACUAUAUGGACUCAUUUUCUUUACAGAUAUUUGAGUGGGAUCUUAUACAAGUACGAAUCGUAAUUGCUAUGAUUACGAUUUACUUUAUUAUUAGUAAGAUAUUGAAAGCAAGCUUUGUUUUUUUGUAAUUGAUACAAUUAUACUCAGUUAUAAUUGCGCGCCAUCUGUGGGGAUUAAUUGUAAACUUUGCUAGAGAAGUUUUACAAAUACAUAAA